CAGAAGACCUUCGAGUGAAGUAUAAAAGACAACCAGUUGUGGCAAAGCUACAUCUUGACUUUUGUCCCUCAACUCUCGUCACCAGCCAUGUUCCUCGCACUGAGUGUUUUGGUCGUCGCCGUGUCGUCUGCUUUGGCGGCCACCGACUGCAAUGGAAACAUCAGUAACCUUAGUCCUACCGGUAAACGUAUCGGGGGUGUGGCAGCUUCUCAGGCAGACGUGAGCUACAGACUCACUGAACUGAACUCCAUGAAAUCCUGUUAUGACGAAGUGGCAAACAGAUAUUGCAUCCCGGCCAGUGUCAUCGGAGCUCUCGCCAGUCGGGAGUCCAAUGGCGGCGCCUCUCUGACUCCUGAUGGGUAUGGCGACAAUGGAAACGCUUGGGGAAUCCUCCAGUGUGACCUCAGAUACUCAGGACUUCCCUGCAAGCAGUGCGGACCUCGAACUUGCUGUCACAUCGACAUGAUGAUCGGCCGCCUUCUGGUCCCAUACAUCAGACAGGUCUCCCGCAAGUUCCCAUCAUGGACCCCGGAAAUGAAACUGCAAGGUGCCGUGGCUGCCUAUAACUUCGGGGUCAGCAAUGUUCAGAGCUGGAGUGGCUUGGAUGUUGGCAGCACUGGAAACGAUUUCAGCAAUGAUGUCAUGGCCAGAGCCCAGUACCUGAAGUCUUUGGGCUGGUCUUAAACGAUUCUGAUCAAGAUUGACAACAAUAAGGAAGUGUAUGUUUUCUGGAAGUAAGCAUACAAGGUAGAGAACAAUAUAGAUGCGAACAUUUUCUUGAACUAAACAUUCAAAGAACAGAAAAAAAACCGAUAUGAGCAUUUGUGGGGACGUUAAAGAAAGAGAACGACAAACGUGAGAGUUUUUGGAUGUGAAAAUAUAUAUUCGACUUUUUCUGGAAUAAAAUUCAUUUUCAAUUGCAGUGAUGCACGA